AUGUCGCAGACCGUCGGCCUGACGAGGCUCGCCUACUCUCGAGUAUGGCACCAGGUUUCCGCCUCGACCCCUCACCCGACUCUCUCUACCCAGCCCAACGUCACUCCUCCUUCUCUCGGCCGUCUGGCGUCCCGAAUUGCCGUCCUGCUCAUGGGCAAGCACAAGCCCACCUUUGACCCUUCAACCGACUGCGGAGACUACGUUGUGGUGACGAAUUGCGCCGCUCUACACACUACUGGCAACAAGAAAUGGCGCAAAAACUACUACAGACACAACACACGGCCGGGUAGCCUCAGGACUGUGACAAUGGAUGUCCUCAUGGAGAAGCACGGUGGCAGCGAGGUGCUGAGAAAGGCUGUUAGCGGCAUGUUGCCCAAGAACAGGCUGCGGGACAAGAGACUGGCGAGGCUCAAGGCGUUUGAGGGCGAGGCACAUCCGUACAAGCAGAAUGUGAUACGGUUUGGAGGAAAGGCUGUGGGGUCGGAAGGGUGGGAUAAGAUGGUGGAGGCGAUACGGAACACGGAUAAGGAUAGGUUAUGA